CUUGUCUGUGGCAUGAAGAAUAGAGAUGCAACGGAGAAAGAACAAAGAAGAUGACAACUUGAUCACAGAUGACCAGAAUCUCAAGGAGACCACUUAUGGAAGCUUAAAGACGAGCUCUGAGCCAAAAACUAAAGAGUACAUUUAUGAAACUUUAGCCUUAGGCUCUGAGAAAAAGGUACCAUUGUCCAGUUAUGAAACCCUAGCCAACAACCCUGAGCAUAAUACACAGGAUGCCAAGUGCUCUGGGCCGAAUACACAGGAUGACAAGCGUGGGACGCUAGCCAUGAGCUUUCUUGAGGUUCCACAGUGGAACAAACAACCACCCCCGGUCCGGGUUGUGAAGAGCACUGCAAAUUUCUUCAGUGAUGAGACAUCCAGGAUAGACUUUAUCCUUGUAUGGGAAUCAGAUUGUCAGGAUUUGGGGGGAGAAAAUGAAGAGGAUGGGAAUUCAAAACCUAAGCAAAAGAGAAUGAUUAAAAUGCACAAAUUGUGGCGAGAGAAGUUUCUGAAUAAACUCCAGAUUGCAGGCAUCAGGAUGGAAAAGCAUGUGGCCCAGUAUGAGAAGAAGCUGGUGCACUUUAUCUUGCUGAGUGCUCCCUGGAGUGUGCUCUGUUAUUACGCUGAAGAUCUCAGGCUGCGGGUUCCUUUGCAGGUUGCGCCCAAUCAGGCUGGCCUCAUGAACUGGUCUCACAGGAUUCUGAUUAAACUGGGCAUUCAUAAUCUGCUUUUUGAUGAGGUACCUGACCUCCCCGUGGAUUACUACACCUGCCAUUUUAAGGCAAAUAAAUUAGCCUGGUUUCUUGGGAGUGAUCGCCAUGACACCUUCUUCAGCAGCACACAACGGCACAGAAUACUCUAUGAGAUCCUGGCCACCACAUCAUACGGCGACCCGAAGGCAGGGCAUGUUGGGAUAGAAAGGCUGCUGAAUGAGGAUGUCUUCACAGCUGCAUUCCCAUUGCACGAUGGUCCCUACAAGAUGCCUUCAGAGGAGAUGGCUCCCCCUCCGCUGAACCAGAGACAGAUUCUUUUCCACUAUUGGGCCCAGUGGAGUAAGUGGAAGAAGUACCAGCCCUUAGAUCACAUCCGCAGGUACUAUGGGGAGAAGAUUGCUCUCUACUUUGCCUGGCUCGGUUUCUACACUGGUUGGCUUUUACCAGCAGCUGUUGUAGGGACACUCGUCUUCAUAAUAGGCAUCUUUAUGAUGUUUGAUGACAUCCCUACACAAGAGAUCUGUACCAGCGGUGGUAAAUACCAGAUGUGCCCACUCUGCAAAGUCUGCCCUUACUGGAACCUCUCCUCCAUCUGCACAAUGUUUAAGGCUGGUCGUCUUUUUGACCAUGGAGGGACUGUCUUCUUCAGCAUCUUCAUGGCUCUGUGGGCAGUCACUUUCCUCGAGUACUGGAAGCGAAUGAAUGCUACCCUGACGCACCGCUGGGACUGUUCAGACUUUGAAGAUAUUGAGGAACGUCCACGACCCCAAUUCACUGCCAUGGCUCCCAUGACAACUAGAAAUCCCAUCACUGGAGAGGAGGAACCCUAUUUCCCCAAGAAGAAUCGUUUCAAGAGAAUCAUUGCUGGAUCAAUGAUCAUCAUCAUGAUGAUUGCUGUGGUGGUGAUGUUCCUGGUUUCCAUCAUCCUUUACCGGUCCAUCAUUACCAUCAUCGUAUCCAGGUCUGGGCACUUCCUCAUCGUGGCUUCGGCGUUUCGUAUUGCCAGCAUCACAGGCUCAGUGGUGAACCUCUUCUUCAUCCUCAUCCUCUCCAAAAUAUACAUCGCACUGGCACAUUUCCUGACCAAGUGGGAGAUGCAUCGUACCCAGACCAUGUUUGAAGAUGCAUUCACCUUUAAGGUGUUUGUCUUUGAAUUCAUCAAUUUCUACUCUUCUCCCAUCUACAUUGCCUUCUUUAAGGGCAGGUUUGUAGGCUACCCAGGCCACUACAACAAAUUGCUCGGCAUCCGCAAUGAGGAUUGUGGUCCAGGUGGCUGCCUCAUUGAACUUGCCCAGGAGCUUCUGAUCAUUAUGGUGGGAAAGCAAGUCAUUAACAACAUACAGGAGAUCCUCAUCCCGAAGUUGAAAACAUGGUGGCAUAAACGAGGCGGUCUCUCUAAAAGGAAAAAGGAGGGCCAAGAAACGUUCGUGAAGCAGCACUGGGAGAGUGAUUAUGAACUGCUGCCCUAUGUCGGGCUUUUCGACGAAUACUUGGAAAUGGUCCUGCAGUUUGGCUUCAUCACCAUCUUUGUGGCUGCCUGCCCGUUGGCACCUCUGUUCGCCUUGCUCAACAACUGGGUGGAAAUUCGCUUGGAUGCCCAUAAGUUUGUUUGUGAGUACCGGCGCCCGGUUGCUGAGCGGGCCCAAGGCAUUGGCAUCUGGUUCCAUAUCUUGGAGGUCAUCACGCACUUGGCAGUCAUUAGCAACGCCUUCCUGAUUGCAUUCACUUCUGACUUCCUUCCUCGGCUGUAUUACCAGUACACUCGUGUCAGUGAUCUGCAGGGCUACGUUGAUUUUUCUCUGGCUUAUGCCCCUAAAUCUUUUGUGUUGGAGCAGCAGAAUAUCACAUGCAGGUACCGAGCCUAUAGAGAACAAAGUGGCAGGUAUUCAUUAGAUUAUUGGAACCUACUGGCAAUCCGUCUUGGCUUCAUAAUUGUAUUUGAGCAUGUGGUUUUCUUCAUUGCACGUAUGAUAGAUAUGAUGGUGCCUGACAUCCCAGAAGUGGUGGAGAUAAAAGUAAAACGAGAACAGUAUCUAGCGAAGCAAGCUCUAGCAGAGAACAAGGCCCUCAUUGAAGAAAUAGAUGUGAGAAAGCCAACCCCUCUGGUAGAGAAGGCACCAUAGUGGGAGUCUCAGGACUAAGAAAGAGACACACCAUGUUUGGUCCAGGCCAAGUUACCAAGCUUCUGGCGAAGCAAGUUUCAUGGAAGAAAAGAACAGGAUGGCACAGCUUGUGCAAUAGUGUCAGCCUUCUAAGUUAAAUGUGUUCCAUUGCGCUACAUUGUAUAACAGUACUUUAAACCAUUAUCCAGCCACCUAUCAGUGUAGCUGCUUCAAGGACUUUGUGAAGAAAAGUGUUGCACUGGUGGAAGUACAAGAGCUGCAUUGACAACAAAUUAUUCUAAGCAGCAUCGUCACCAGCUCUGCAGCCACGCUCGUAAGUGAAGAACCUUGUCCCUCUUCCCCCUUCAUUGCCAUAAAAGAAAGACUUCA